AUGGUGGAACCUGGGAAAGAACAGCCAAUAUUAGGACAUAGCUUUCCAUUGGGAUUGGCAGGAUACCAUCAAAACUUCAUUCCUAACUUUUCUUCCAUUGCAGGUCCACUGUACAAACUUCUGAAAAAAGGGAUUGCUUGGGCCUGGAUAGACCAGCAUGUUAAUGGAUUUGUAAAAUUGAAGCAAGCAGUAAUAAAAGCACCUGUGCUGACCACUCCAGAUCCCAGCAAACCAUAUCUCUUAGAGGUCUCUCUCAGUGCAACUGAACUUGCAAUGGCUACCACCCCCACUCUUGACAUUGGCGAGCCCCUGGAUUCAUCCACCUGCCCAGCCGCAGAUGGUACCCUGCUCGUGGCCGCCGAGACCCUGGUGGUGACAGCCGGUACCGAGCGACCGGGCCCUGAGCUCUUGGGUGCGCCCCUCUCUGAGGCGGGGCAGCCGCCUCCCUUCCUGAUUGGGGGCCCUGCCACUGAUGCCAUCGUGCCUGAUGCUGUGGUUGAGGCCUCCUCAAGGCUUCAAGCCAUUCAGUGGAGCGUGGGUCCACUGCUCUAUCUCGGCAUUUACCUUUCUGCCAUGCAUCCUUCUCCACUGGAGUACUGGCAGGAUCUGGAGGCCAGGGAUGAUAGAACUAUCCGACUUUCCCAUGAGCUCUCGAAGGGUGAGAAAGAAGCCACUGAGAACAGAAAGGCAAAAGUUCUGGAGUGCCUCAAGAGCCUUGGCAUUGCCCGUGAUGAGGAUGACAUGCCCAAUAUCGCUGUCCUAGGAUCAGGCGGAGGUCUACGGGCCAUGAUAGCCCUUCAAGGAUCCUUGGUGGAGAUGAAGAAGCAGGGCCUGUUGGACACUGUCCUGUAUCUGUGUGGGGUAUCGGGUUCCACCUGGUGAAUGUCUACCCUCUACAAAGACAAGGACUGGACAGAGAAAGUACAGGACUUGGAAGAACGCCUGUGUGAUACACUUUCCAAAUCUUCAUGGGAUCUUCAUAAGGCGUACUCUAUUGUGUGCCAGGCAGCUAAAGAUGAACUCUUCUCUCUCACUGAUGUCUGGGCCUCUUUCGUUGUCUACAAAAUAUUGAAUCAGUAUGAUCAGACCAAGUUAUCUCAACAAGACGAUGCCUCCACAAGUGGGACAAAUCCUUACCCCAUCUAUGCGGCAGUGGAAGCAAAGAUAUUGCAUAAAGCACAUGAAAACAGCCCAGGCACCUGGUUUGAAUUCACCCCUCAUGAGUCUGGCUUUCCUGGCCUGGGGGCAUUUGUGUGCACCAAAGACUUGGGAAGCAAAUUCGAGAAUGGGAAGUUGAAAGAUAACAGUGAAGAGAAAAGUAUCUGCUACCUGCAAGGUUUAUGGGGAAGUGUCUUUGGAUGCAUAGAGGAAAACAUGAAAUAUUUAAAAGAGCUUGUUCUCCAAAUAAUUUCUGGAGGACUGAGAGGAAAACAUGAGUAUGCAGUAGGUGGAGCAGAAAACACAUCAGAAAUGGCCAUGCCUCCACUUGGAGGAGGUACUCAUUGCACUUGUACACAUUGUUGGAGUGCCCUCCUCCUCCUGGAGUUUCACGGUCAUGCCUCAGCUGGGGAAGACUGCGAGGGAGUCUUUGGGAAGCUGAAGGAAGUCCUGAAAGGAAGUGUAUCGAGUGCAUGUCAAUUGUUUUGGAAAAUCUGUAUCUGUAUCUUCCACUGGAGAUGGGGGAGCACCCAUAACUUUCUGUACAAAUGUCGUGAUGCUAAAUCCACUGGCUUGGAUAAGGAUGAAGUCAUCAACCUGAUCGAUGCCGGCAUUGGCAUAAAUUCCGCUUACCCUCUUGUUCUGCGUCCAGAGAGGAAAGUGAAACUGAUCCUUUCCUUUGACUUCAGCAGUAAGGAUCCUUUCAAGACCAUCAAAAAAACUGCUGAGUACUGUGAGGCAAAUAACAUCCCAUUUCCCAAGAUAGACCCAGAAAAGCUGAAGGACACAGAUACCCCUUCCAGUUGCUACAUCUUCAGAGGGAAGGACGUUCCCACUGUCAUGCACUUCCCGCUCUUCAACAAGGAAAAUUGUCCAGGUAAAAUACAUGACUUCAGAGAGAGGUAUUCCACCUUUCAUUUUUCCUACAAAGAGGAUGAUGUCAAAGAACUCCUCAAAAGAGCGAAGAUGAACGUAUCCAACAACAAGGAGAGGAUUCGGGAGGAGAUCCAGCAGAUUGUGUCCUCCUCCACCAAGAAGUUUUAA